UUUAUCGUGUGCUUCGGUACGUCGUGGUUGUGACUAUCCCCGUACAUUGAACCCAUUAUUGCGUGUCGGACGGUCGGUGGUUCCUGUUCAGUUCAAGCUAGUGCCGCGCGGGAGGUAGGCGGUGCGUGGUGUCUGGAUUAUUCCGUGGGAAGGUGCGUGUGCUUUUGGAUAACCGCCGCACCGUCGUUACCGUUUUACCCGUUUGCCGUAGCCGUCGUUGCCGCGAUAAAGUUCGGUAGCGCGUGUCGUCCGGAAGUCGUCGUCGGUUUGAGGGAUCCGCGUCCGGGGUGGUUGUUAACUGCAAGCCGUGGAAUAAGUUUCGUUCUACCGGUCCGGAAGGGAUUUAAGUGCCGAAACUCGGUCGAUUUACGGCGGUGUGUUGUUUCUUUUUUUGGAAAAGUCAAUUUACCUGAGCAAAGUGUUAAACAUAGAUUCGUGACACGAAAAGGGUAGUGCAUUUUCUCCGCCAACCCCCGCUGAUGAAAGUUCAAUCCAAGGAUAUACUGUGCCGACAUUUACAUCGUUUCAUAGUGGCGAUGCGCUGAGUGAAGGUGAAAGAAACGGAAUACGCAAAUGCACCAUUUUUGCAAUUCAAAUCCUAGCCAGUUCGUGGAGUUGCAGAUUGUCGCUGCAUAAGACAGCUGGACCGAGGGUGGGGAUGAAGAAGCUGUAACUGUUGAUGCCUGGCUUGUUGGAUUUUAGGAGAGGCUAAAUUUAUUCCGGCGCGGUAGUGCGAAACCGGCGGAAGGGCGGGAAGACAAGGUUACGUUGAUUUGCAUGUCCGCCGCGUUUCGAGAAGCCUUUCGAUUUCCCACGCCAACCCCUCAAGGUCUACGAGGUCGAAUGCGUUACCCGUCGCCGACUGGGUCAUCUAGGAAUGAUACCAGAUCGCAGUGAGUUUUGUGUCAAAUCGAAUUAGAGUCUAUUAUACCUACGGAUUCUCCGAUCCUGAUAGAUAACGCAGCCGAUGAAAAGGUCUUCCGUAAUAGAGUGAUAGUGAGCCGUUUUAUCUGGUUCUGUGAGUGUAGGUUGGGAUGGCUGGAUAAAUUUGAAUGUAAUUCGAUUUCGCUUCCGGAAAAAAAACCGGCGAAGCAGCUGUUUCCUCGAUGGAAAACGGAAAAUAGUGAAUAUAUGCUAGUGAAUGGAGCCACUUUGCCGAGAAAAAAGAUCGUAGGGAAGUAUUUUUCACGAUAAAUAAAAUAAAACAAUUUGGUGAAGAUAGGCUGACACGAGCAGGUUGCUGGAAAUAUAAAACAGGUGGAUUAUAUCGGAAAGGAUAAUGUGAAUGUGAAGUAUGUGUGAAUAAAAAAAGAAAUUAUACUGCUGGUGGUGCCGAUAAAACUCACUCGGAAAAUCUCCCGUUGCAUGUCGUGUCGUGUGAUGAGGUUGUGGUUUCGAAAACCCAGUGGAAUUACAUCUCACCGACAGAAGGAUUAUUUUCGGCGCAGUUCUCCAGUGAAUCGGUUCGAUACCGUUCGAGUUGGGUCAGUAUCGUGCUUAACAACUAGUGGUUAGUGAAAGAGUGAUUGAAAUUAAAUUGUUUGCUGAUGCUGUUGAUAUUCUGAUUCUAGUUCCGUGUUAGGAUAAUUAAUUUUGUAGUGUAAAUAUAGCAUUAUAAAAGAUAGUAGGUCUCGGUAAAUUUCCGAGUGGUGCUCCGGUAGACUGAAUGGCUCAAUUUCAUACAUAUCACUAGGAAAUAGGAACAGUAUACUAAACCAACCAGGAGACGCGCCCUUCGAACGUCGCCGUGCAACUUUCAAACACACCUCACACAUAAGAGAGAAAAAACAGCGCCAAGAACAGCCCGUUACCGCUUCUGCUUGAAAGGCAAACUCAAAAAGGUGGAAAAAACAUUACAUAUCAUCAUGCUAGUGACACUGCUGAGAUUCGUUUCCGUCGUUCUGAUUCUCGGAUCGAACAUUAAGACUGCAAUAGCUAUUUUAAACUGUAUAUUAGCGAGACAACUCUGUUUCGAGGAUCCAUCAUGUUCCGCCAUCCUGGAGAUCAUUCCCCGCGUGUGCGGUCCGGUGCCAGUGGCCUGCAGUACGGUGACGGUGACCAAGUGCCAGGCGGCCCUGCGAACGCUCCAGGCGUUCCCAUUUUUUCGACCAACCUGCCUCUGCAAGGAGCCCGGCAUCGAUCCGGACUGUAACUACUUUCGGGACUUCCUGUUCGACCAUCCGUGCGGAUUCGUGUCCAAAAAGGAAAAAGACCCAUACCCGGUGGACGCCCUGCCUACGUGCAAUCACGCGCUGUCCGUCUGCCAGCAGGAACGAAAGUGCAUCAAACUGUUCGAGGACUUUAAGACGCACUGUAAGGUGCGGGAAAACAAGUGCCGCAUGGAGGACAGGGAAUUGUGCUACGAAGCAUGGACUAAUCUCCGAUUAUCACCGAUGUUUGGCUGUAUCUGCCCGAACAACCACAUGAAGCGCAGAUGUGAUAAAAUAUUUAGCGUUGUUAACCAUAAUCCCUGCGUUGAUGUACUACCUUCCGCACUAGACACCUCUUCUGGCACCGCAACCAAUUCAAUCUAUCCAAAUUUCUUCCCAUCUGACAUAAUCGAAGACCCGCCACCCACCAGCACCUAUCCUUACUUUCUGUUUCCCUCGAAAAAAUAUCCUCCCUCGGCCUUCCAGUCGGAAAUCUACAGUGGAGCCGAUUACAUCAACGUUCCGGCUGGCAGCACCAACCAAUCCCAUCACCGCUCAUCCUACCAUCCAACCCCAGCCGAUCCUCACGGGGAUAGCACCGCACCGCAUCAUGCACCCUCACCACCAGCACAGCACCACUUUAGUUCCACUAAACACAAUGAGCACAAUUUUGACAGCACCGCUAACAAUAAUAUGCACCAGCACGGUAAGCACCAGCACCCACCGGCACCGUCAGCACCAGGCAUGAAUUCGACACUGGACGGCGGAGAACGCCACCGUCAUCACCAGCACGGCGAAACCGGUGGUGGUGGUGGUGGUGGAGGUGGGACGCCCUGGAGUGGAGUCCAGGUGCCGUCUGAUCUUCGGCAGCGGCUAGAAAUCGUGCGAGCGAUGGGCAUGGACGAUAAUUAUCAUCGCUUGCUGGACCAAAACAUGGCGUUGAUCGACACUCCGCUGGUUGCCCCGGCCCACGCAUACUUCCCACAGCACUUCAAGACGGCCCUGUAUCCGUACAACAUCUCCGGCUACCACCACCAGCACCAGCAUCAGCACGGGCUCCACGGGGGCCAUUUCGGUACGGUGCACGGUCACGGGGCCCACAAUGGGAACAAUGGGAACAGUAAUGGCGACUAUCCCGCGGCUUCGGUUUCCUCCCCCGUCGACAACAUUCUGAUCAGCAUGAACGGCGACGGGAACGGGGCCGAUGCGGCGAUCGAGUACGGAGGAUUCUACGACAAUGCGAUCGAACGACAAAUCGGAUCCGAUGAUAUCGAGGAAAAGGAGGCCGAGAUGAGCUUCAUCCAUUUUCAGAGUACCUGCCACCUAUCACUGGAUGCGUGCCGGGAUGACCAAGUUUGCUCGAGCGCUCUGAAAACGGUUCUGAUGCACUGUGAGCUUCAUCGCUGCAACCGAAACGCUUGCAUGGAAUCACUACAAGGUUUCUACAAAGGCAUUCACGAUGAUCUAAGCUUGGACAUUGCAUUUUGUUUGUGCAGGAAAACCCCCAACCGCCACGACAGCUGCAUGAUCGCUCAAGAGAAACUUCAUCCGGCCUGCGCCCAGAGACCACCGGAAAGUCUCACACCCCCGAGCACCAAUGGAGUAAUCUAUAAUCCGCCCCCGUCCUGUCACACCGUUGCCGAAAUGUGCCGCGAAGACGAGGACUGCCGAGCGCGGUUGGAAGUGUUCGAGCAGUCCUGCGCUGUGGAUAGCGUUACUAAAAAGUGUGCCGGAAAAACCAGCGGCUGCAGGCAGGCUAUGCUGGGUAUUCUGGGGACACCAUUGCGAACAAAUUGCGCCUGCCAGGGAUCAGAUCUGCAACAGCUGUACGAUUGUCUCGGUUGGCAGCGACUUCUCUGGUUGAACCCCUGCGUCGUCGAAUCUCAGAAGGACUUCCAUUUGAAGCGAUUGGCAGAACUGGGCCUGUUGACAACGACUACGACCCCAAAACCGACUACGACUACUAUUCGGACUACGCGUGCUACUCCGCCACCGACUCCACCGCCAACGAAACCUAAACCUGUGUACCGCCCCAAACCAACCGAGAUGCAACCAAUCGAGACGAAUUACAUCGAAACCCCAGACACUCGACCGCUUCACAAAGGAAAUGAAGUGAUCGUUCGGACCGAUCUGGAUCCCCAUCCCGACGAGUACGACACCAACGGAAAGCACCAUCUACCACCGGAGGAAGAGGACCACGAUUAUCUGCCAUCGUCGAACGGUGGCAGCAACCGAAUCAAUCAGCGACCGGACGAGCAGGUUCUGCAGAUGUUGACUACCGCAGUGGUGGAAAUUGAAACUCUACCGCCGACGACUACUACUACUACAACUACGGAACCGACCACGACACCGGUGCCCAUUCGAUACUGCGUAGUACAACGAUCUCAUCAAUCGGAUCAGCUGAUAGCCGAAGGCAAAAGUCGUCGGCUCUACAUGCUGGAUGACGCGGAAUGCAGCGAACUUUGCACCUGCGGUGGUGGAGAUUCCCUGGCCCUGACCUGUCAUGCGCUCUGUGUUCCUCUGGCACCCUGCCGAACGUCCCUAGCGUACUACAGUCACGCAGCACCAGCAUAUCAGGCCUUCAGAGGUCGCUGUUUGUGCUAUUCGGGCCGAUUUAUCUGUAUGCGUCCGCCUCCGGGGGAAUACUCGUUGCCGGGUGGCAUCUUUCUGUUACUAGGUUAUAGUUCUACCGACGAAGCACUGUUAAGACCGCACACUAAUUUAGGAGUUCAGGACGCUGUCCGAGCACUGCAGCAGUACGUGUUGCAGCACAUCAACAAUGAGACUUCUUGUACAUUAACACUGUUCAAUAUCACCGAAGAGAAUAUCAUCUUAUCGAUAAGACUACCCCAUGAUCCAAAGCUCACAAACCUAGAGUUGCUAAGGCAAGAGAAGGACCACUGUACAAAAAUCCUCGAAACCAUCAGCCACCAGAUCAACACCCAGCACGUCGAGAUGUCCGCCCACCGUCUGUUGAGCAUCUUCAAAAUGGCCGAAGUGCAGGUAGUCUGGCCGGAAGUAAGCCGAGCCGGACCCCGUUACGACCGGCACCCUCACCAGCUGCUCACCCUGAUAGCACUGGCCGCCAUUUCCUUCGUACGAUGGCGACAGCAGCUACUGCAGUGGUCGGUUACGUGACGUUAAGCUUCUGUCACAGCAGCACCAGUGUCAUCAUCAUAACCAUCACUAGCACCAUCGCGAACGCAUACGAUAUCGUCCAAUAUCUCCAAAUACGCUUCGUUUUCGGCUUCAUCAAUACUAGAGAUAGCAGCAGAAUCAAGCGCCCAUCAGCUCAUCUAGGGUCGUUGUUGUGAAUGAAAGGGACCAUUCAUAAAUUACGUAACGCUUUUAGGGGG